UGUAUUAUAGUUGGCAGCAAAAAAUAAGAGCAACAAAAGAAAACGCUAAAAAAAGAGAGAACAACCAAGAUACAGAGAAGGCCAGUUACAAGCUCCAGCUCCCCUGUAUAAAUAAGAAAGCCUUCAUUUUGAUCUUUCUUUCUUCAUUAACUUGUUAUUGGGUUUUUGAAAUGUUGAAGCUUUUCAAGGCUUAUCAACUCUUCAUUGAUUUCCACCUCAUUUUCUCUGUAUUCCUUGCUGUUUUUCUCGCAGAAUAGCGAAUGAUGCUAAAUCAGUUUCAAGGUGUUUGCUGGAUAUUAAAGACACGCAUUUGAUUUGUUUCUUGCUUUUUGUGAAGGAAAAUGGCAACUGAGCUCGUCAAUUCUGCAACCAAUGAUAAGCUGGCUGAAGUAGAUUGGACCAAAAAUAUUGAAAUCUGUGAAUUAGUUGCACAUGAUGGAAGGCAAGCUAGAGAUGUUGUUAAAGCUAUUAAAAAGCGUUUGGGGAGCAAGAAUGCUAAUACUCAAUUAUAUGCAGUAAUGUUGUUGGAGAUGCUGAUGAACAAUAUUGGGGAGCAAGUUCAUAGACAGGUGAUUGAUACAGGGAUUCUUCCCAUUCUUGUCAAGAUAGUGAAGAAAAAGACAGAGUUGCCUAUACGAGAAAGGGUAUUUCUUCUUCUAGAUGCCACACAGACAUCUCUUGGUGGUGCUUCUGGAAAGUUCCCACAGUACUAUACUGCAUAUUAUGAUUUGGUGAGUGCCGGAAUGCAAUUUCCUCAGAGGCCUCAUGAAAGACCAUCAAGUGAAAGACCAUCAAAUAAUCAGACUGCCCAAGGAAAUAAGAAAAUUACACUCAAUGGGGAACUUGCUACCUCUAGACAUGGAAUGGUUGCUCAGCCAGCACCAGUGGAGCCUCAAGUUGUUCCGGAAGCCAGUAUUAUUCAGAAGGCUAGUAAUGCUCUGGAGGUUUUGAAAGAACGUCUCCCUUUGGGCAUAAUUGGAUCAACCAUUCCAGGAGAAAGGCUGAACCGUCCACUUAUACGGCCACUUCCUUCAGAGCAGCCACAAGAACCCAGUGCACACCCUGCACCUGUUAUAAUUCCACCGCCACCUGCAAAACACAUUCAAAGGGAGAAAUUCUUUCAGGAAAAGAAGGUUGAUGGUUCUGAUGUGGAUAGCCACAUGAGGGGUCUUUCAUUACACAGUCGCAAUGCCAGCAGUUCCCAUGGUGGAAGCAUAGAUUUUGGUGUGACUAUCCCUGUUCUUGCUAUCACAACUUCCACCAUCAGCAUCACUUAUGACACAUCUAUCCCAGCUUACUUACACUUCACUGCUGGUGCUUCUGGUUUUGCCGCAUUCCUCUACUUGCCACCAUCCAUAACCAACUACCAAGACCUUCCAAUUGAUUCCCGGCCAAUGAUUGUUGAUGUCAGAAAAGGGGGUGCCUCAGAUGAUGCAUUAUCAAAGUGUUUGCUGUGGCUAUACAAGCACCCAAGCCAGAGUUUCAUGUACUUCUGUUUUGGCGGAAAAGGUGCUUUCUCUGUACCUCAACGAAAAGAGAUGGCUAAUGGCCUGGAAAG